GGCAUGUUGUUUUGUUUGGAACAGAACAACACAAGGCUGGAAUGAAACACAGUUUAACAGCAGACUGAAAGUACAGUAGAGGACAGAAUGGAUCCUACGUACAACCCAAAGACCAGCAUGCCCCCCUCUUCAUCACCUGCCACAGGGGGCACAAUUUCUCUGGUUGCUGUGGACAUAGUGGUGCUGGUUGUCUACUUUUUACUGGUUCUGGCUGUUGGCUUUUGGUCUAUGUUUAGGACAAAUCGCAGCACAGUGGAUGGUUACUUCCUGGCUGGGAAGAGCAUGACUUGGUGGCCGGUGGGUGCAUCACUGUUUGCCAGUAACAUUGGCAGUGGACAUUUCAUCGGCCUGGCAGGGUCAGGAGCUGCUGCAGGAAUUGGGGCUAUUGCAUAUGAGUGGAAUGGUAUGCUGAUGGUGCUGCUACUAGGUUGGCUCUUCUUGCCUAUUUAUAUCGCCUCUGGGGUUACAACCAUGCCAGAAUAUUUGCAGAGGCGGUUUGGCGGCAGAAGAACACAGUUAUUUAUAACCAUCCUGUCCUUAUUUAUCUACAUUUUCACAAAGAUAUCAGUGGACAUGUAUGCAGGUGCACUGUUUAUUCAGCUGGCUUUAAAUUGGAACAUCUACCUGGCUGUGAUUUUGCUGCUAUCAAUCACUGCUCUCUACACUGUAACAGGUGGUCUUGCUGCUGUUAUCUACACAGAUGCUGCUCAAACAGUAAUCAUGCUGGCUGGAUCUCUCACCCUCAUGGGCUUCAGCUUCGCGGAGGUCGGAGGCUGGAAUGCUCUGAUGGAGGGAUACUUUAAGGCCAUCCCUUCGAUCCGUGUGCCCGACUCAACCUGUGGCAUCCCUCGAGCAGACGCCUUCCACAUCUUCAGAGACCCGGUGAACUCUGACCUACCCUGGCCUGGGGUCAUCAUUGGCAUGUCCAUCCCCUCCAUGUGGUACUGGUGUUCUGAUCAGGUGAUUGUGCAGCGAUCCUUGGCUGCAAAGAACCUGACUCAUGCCAAAGGUGGCUCACUCUUGGCUGCGUAUCUCAAGAUUCUGCCUUUCUUUGUCAUCAUGCUGCCUGGCAUGAUCAGCAGGAUACUUUACACAGAUGAUGUGGCGUGUGCAGACCCUGAGCUGUGUGAAAAGAUUUGUCAAAACCCAGUGGGUUGUACAGACACCGCCUAUGCCAGGCUGGUGAUGGAGCUGCUGCCUACAGGGCUUAGAGGUUUGAUGAUGGCGGUGAUGAUUGCUGCCCUCAUGUCCUCACUGACCUCCAUCUUCAACAGCUCCAGCACUAUUUUCACCAUGGACCUGUGGAAGAGUUUCAGGACAAAUGCUUCAGAGUGGGAACUGAUGGUUGUGGGCAGGGUGUUUGUACUUGUACUGGUAGUGGUGUCGGUGCUGUGGAUUCCUGUCGUCCAGGCCAGUCAGGGUGGACAGCUCUUCAUCUACAUCCAGUCUAUCAGCACCUACCUCCAGCCUCCAGUCUCCAUUAUCUUCCUCAUGGGCUGCUUUUGGAAGAGGGCCAAUGAGAAGGGUGCGUUCUGGGGUCUGGCUAUCGGCCUGGUGAUUGGUUGCAUCCGCAUGUUGUUGGACUUCAUUUACCCUGCGCCCCUGUGCUAUGAGGACGAUGAUAGGCCAGAGGUGUUGAAGUACGUCCAUUACCUUUACUUCUCCACACUGUUGUCCUGCAUCACACUGGCUGUAGUGGUGGUGGUCAGUCUGGCCACAGAGGAGCCCAAACCAGAACAGAUUAGUCGCCUCACCUGGUUCACAAGGUUCGACCCAGUGGAGCCCAAAGAGCAGGUCUUCUCAGUGGAGCAGAGUAAAAAGACAGAGGUGAUAACUACUCCACCAAACAAAGCAGGGGUCACAGAAAAAGAGCAGGAGAGCACCAACGGACAAGAACAUCAUCAGAGGAGAGAUUCAUCAUCCUCCACGUCCAGCAUCCAGAGUCAGUCCAGGUUGAUGCGCGCCCUCUACUGGUUGUGUGGGAUUGAGAGGAAGAACCAGGGAGAUGAUAAUACUGGAAGGCCUCUGGUACCUGAACAGACUAUCGGUUCUCUGGAAGAAAAUCCAAGUCUCAAACUUGCUGUCAACAUCAACCUCCUGAUUUGUUUAGCUGUAAUCUGCUUUAUUAUUGGUUACUGGGCUUGAUGGCAAUUUAUGACACACAUUGUGUGUAU